AUGUCAUAAUAUCAGAGCAGUGAUCCAUAUGAAUUGUAUGAUGAAGAGUUAAUAAUUUAGUUUGCAUUAUUGUAAUGAUUAAGAUUAACAGAUUUAUGAUCAAAAUAAAUUGUUUAUAGAGAAUCUUGUAAUUUAUGAUGUGAAAUAUCAAGUAAAAGAAGCAAAUCAUUUAUUUUAGAUUCACCAUCAUAAGACAGUGCUAUAAAUAUUAAAUGAGUAGAAUCAACUAGUAAAAACUUUAUGGGGUAAUGUUUCGUAUAAUUUGUUUGUAGGUUUUUAAGAUGUUUAAUUUCCAACUUAAUCAAAUUUAGAAUAAACAAUCAAAGAAUCAAUAGAAAGCAAUUUAAUUGUAAUAUAAUGAUUAAGAAAUUAGUAAACUGUUUAUAGUCAGACAAAUCCUGGAGGUUAAUUAUUUAAGAUUGGAUACUAAUAAGAAAUUGAUGCUUGGUUAAUCUACUGUAACAAUCUCACAGUUGUUGCUUAAGUGUCUGAUGAUUUAUCUGAAUUUUCAUUCUAAAAAUUUGAUGCAGCAGUCUAAGUGGCUGAGUUAUGGUUUAAUAUUUUGAAUCAAUGUAAUUAACUUUCCUUAUAUUAGUUAGCUAAGAAAAAAUUAAUAAUUUGAAAUUUGAUUUCCACAAUCGUACUGUCUAUGGACAUAUUAUAAAUCAAGAAUCAUUAAUAUAUCACCCUGAUGAUAUCCUUCAGUUUAUAGGCAUCCUAGAUGUUAAUUUUGAAUAGGCAUAAUAAUUAUUUUGUUUUUAUGGAUUGCCUCAUCCAAAAACUUCAUAAUUCAAAUUACAAUUAAAAGUACUCCAAAAACAUAUAGAGAGAAUACAAAGGAGUGAUAUUGAAUUAGAAUCAGCAGGAGUUAUCUUAUAUUUCUAUGAUUAAUAUUAUCUUGUCCAUACAGCUGAGUAUUUAAUUUAUAAACACAUUCAAUCAAUGUUAUUGAAUGAAUAACAUAUAGAAAAGGACUUCAAAUAAUUUAUUAAAUCCUUAUAAGUUAAACCUCCGAGACCAUUUAAAUUUUACUAGAAUAUCUAUGAACAAGGUUAGAAAAUAUUGGAAUCCAAUAAUAAAAUUGAUUAAACAAUCAAAAUAAAUUUUAAUGACUUUGUUACUAUUAUAUUACACAAUAUAUUUAACAACAAGACUUUCAAAUGGAAUUAAUUAAAGUCUAUCAAAGAUUAUAGAGUAUCUUGGUCAACCUAUUAACCAGAAACAUUAACCAGAAUACCUGUAUAUAUAGGUGAAGAUCCAUAAAAAAACCCAGAAAAUGUAUUUUUGAUUAUACCAGUGUGUAUAAAUGGAGUUGGAGUAUCAACUUUCGCAAGAACAUUUUAAUCAUUCUAUUAUUAAACUCAAAUCGUUAGUGAUCUUUAAGAUGCUAAAGUUAGAGACAAUUAUGUUAUUAUAAUUGAACAUAAUCAUACUCCAGAAGAAGCAUAAUCUAUAUUAUCAAAAUGUAGUUAAUUUUAUAAUAAAAUCAUUUUGUUUCCAUAUUCUAAAAAAUCAUACAACGAGUUAAAAUUACCAUUUUCAUAUGAAUUGCUUAUUACUGCUAUGAAAAGAACAUGUAAUUCACUUGAAAGAAUUCAAUAAUUUGUUAAAAAAACCAAAACCUUUGAAAACUUUUAAGUUAAUUCCUUAUAAGUAAAUGGAUUUAUUGAAUUUCCAUUUAUUGAUGAAGAUUUAUCAAUUGAUCAUGAAUAUAUAGAAGAUGAUUUAUUGGAUCUAUUUUCAAAUGAUUCAAAAAAGUAUCUGAAUUAAUUCUUUAAAAGUCUAAAAGAACUUCAUCUUCAAAAUUAAAAUAAUGAUAAUUAUGAUGAAGAAAUCAAGAAUAUAAUUCAUCAUUUAUUCCCAAAAGUUUAAAAUCUUACUAAGCAUCAACCAAUCAAAGUUGAUGAUGUUGUUAGAAAAGAAAGUGAAGAUAUUGUGAUUCCUGAAAAAAAAAAUAAGGUACCAAAAAAAGAAAAGCAUGUAUAAUAUGAUCCCACUUAUUUACCUAAUUCACUUAGUUUUCAAGUAAAAGGAGGUUAUAAUAUGAGAGAUAGGAUUAAUAAAUGGAUUUUAGAAUGCUUAGUAUAAAUUACUUAAUUAUAUCUUAGAAUGCUGGUAAUACAUAGUUUAAAAAUGAUGAAAAUUACUCUAAAAUUGUUAACAUCUUCUAAAAAUAAACUUUUGAAAAUGGAGAAUAGCAUUUCAUUCCAGAAAAAGAUCUUAGAUUAGAAUUAUUAACAAUUAGUCAAAAUGAUCAAAGUGUUAGAUAGUUACCCUAUUUCAAAGAUUUUAUAUAAGAUAAAGAAACAGAAAUAUUUGUUAAAACCUUAUUUGUUAGUUUUGAUGGAUUGAUUGCAGCUUUAGCUCAUUAAUCAUCAUUACCAUGUUAAAGUCCUUAUCCCCAUAUUCCAUUUUAUUACAAAAAUCUAAAAGUAAGAGACAGUUUAUCAGUAAUAUCUUAAACCAUAUUAUAAAAUAAAGUCUUAAAAUAAGCAUUCAAAGAUGGUUAACUCUCUAAAGUAUCUAAUUAACCAAUUUUUGCUUCUGAAGAUAUUAAAUACAGAAAUAAGACUUACAAAAUUUAUGUAAUUUCAUUGUUAGAUGGCAUUAAAGUUAAUGCCAUAUCAACUGAUAGAUUAUGA